AUGAUUUCAUAUCCAUUUGAUCUCUAUCUCUCUGUGAAUGAAUCUCUUAGUGUGAUAGAUUGGGAUUGGUAUGGAGAAAAUUAUACCGUUCCAUUGGGACUCCUCAUAAACAUUUUGUGUCAUAUAACCUUCACAUAUCCCAUGAAUCAUAGUUAUAUUAAUAAACUAAACUUUUCAGAGGAGCUGUAUUUGGAGAGUGAUCUAUUUGAUGCCAGUAAAGUGAAUUCUAUUAGUAGUGGCGGCUCUAAUAUGUUGGGAAACACUUAUGAUAUCCGUCACCAUCUGUACAGAGUUUCCUAUUUGGCGUGGUUAUUUGGUACGUUUGACCUCAUUCUUAUGAUUAUCAGCGUGGUAAAUUGUUAUAUUUUAUUUUGGAAAAGCUUCAAGACUUACAGUUUGUUGAUCCGGGGGGAUGAUUAUUGUCCAAAUACGCCCAGUGCGUUCAAAGAGCAUUUGAAUUAUGAAGCAAUCCAAGAAAAUGACAGUUUAUUGAGGAGCUUUGCCAAAUGGGUCUUAGGAAAUGAUAAGCUAGAAGGUGAAAAAGAAAAGGAGGAAUUCGUUUGGAAAUUGAACGUUUGGGAACCAUCAAAGUUUCAAUUGAUGAUUUUUUGUGGGCUUUCACCAAUUCAUAUUUUUACAUUUUACAGUAACACGUUUGUGUCAGGCCAAUUUAUGAAUCUGGUGAUGAAAUUAAUCCAGCCAAUGUUGAUCACUACAAUUUUGAAUUACUUGGUGUUCCAUAAAUUUUUGAUAUUACUUAAGGAUCGUCAGAUCAUCUUAUCUGAAGCAUUGAAUGAAUAUGAUCAAAAGUUCAUAAAGCCAAGGUUAUCAAAACGAGUUGUUGACGUUGCUGUCGAUGCCACCAAAGGGCCAUAUUUCCAAGACUACGGGCAUGGAGGCUCGGUGCAAGUGUUCCCGUCAAGAUUGAAAAGUCACCAGUUCCAAACAUUUGGGUUCAAAGAGCAAUAUAAUUUGGCGGAAAUUGACGGUAGAGUGUUACGAGAUAAUGUUAAAAAACAGCAUAUGGCUGUUGCAGCAAACAGAUCCGUAAAAAAAUAUCGCAAUGUAGAGAUUUAG